GCAGAGGGAGGCUCAAAUGAACGCCAGUCAUUUAUAAAACCUUUUGUGAAGGUAUUACUCGCCGAAAACCAACCAUCUUACCUCGUACUACCUGUGUUCCAGCACUCAAGGGUGCCGCUGGUAGACAAGGAACAUUUCUCUCCAGUCCGUGGUACUGGACACGAACAAAUACCGGAUAAAGUCAGGAAAAUACUGCCCCUUGUGUACGCAACACAGAAGCCCUCUGGUCCAAAAAGUCAAGCACGCGAAGUGAUAACACUUUGUAACAUCAACAAGAUGUUGGUGCAGGUAAAGAAAAACAUUUUGGUCUCAGGGGGAUCACCGUCGCAACUGACACUCGGAACAUGCCAAGCCAAUAAAUCUACAAAUGAUUCCCUCAUCUUCGAAUACGACCUCGGCCUCUGUGGGAGCAAGCGCUCGGUAAGGUUUUCCAGUGAGUGUGUUUGUCAACAUUCAUAGGCCUAUAUUUCCCAGAAAUACCAUCUUGUUGAUAUUGACAUUGGCCUACUUAUCUUCAAUAAAACAGCUAGUAAAUAAUCGUGUGGCCUACUCCAACACACUCCGAUAUGACCCUCCAUCCAAGGGCCUAUCAGGCGAGCUGCACCAUUCACCUUGCGAGUUGUCUGUCACUUCAACAGGUGACCUACAGUAUUUACACUAUUUUAUGAUGGGUUGAUGUUUACCAUGAGUGCAUGUCACUGGAGGAGUUAUCAUUGCAUACUAAGAAAACUACAUAAAUGAGAGUAGGUUGGCACAACAUUUUAAAAAGUUGAUUUAUAGUCAAUGCCAGUUAUUUAGAUUUGCGUAUUUCUUUCCAGAUAUCAUUACUCCUACAAAGUAGGCUACAUGCGGAACAUGGUACACACAAGGUCUCCAAACCAAUAAAGAACAGAACCCGUCCCAUGCUCACUGCACGUAAUGGUAGGGUAUAGAUGAGUCAUUGAUCUACAGUAAAUGAGGAGUCCUCAUGUUAUAGAAUGUACUUAAAUGAGUCCUCAAGUAAUUGAAAGAUCGGACUACUCAUUCUCUCUCCCUCAGCUCAAUGGGAGAGACUUGCCCCAUCCAAUGGGUACUCUAUGGGAAAGCCCAUGUACUUUCAGGCUGACACGCCUUCCAUGUCUAAAGAUGGACGUCUCUAUGUCCACUCAUGUAAUGUGACCAUCAAGCAGUCACACACCUUCUACGCCUCACUUUACUGUCAUUGACCAUUUUGGGUAAUGUAGACAUACAGUAUGCCAGAUCACUUCUAUCAGUAUCAUUUGCCCAGUACUUUGCUUUUAAAGAGGCAAUCCGCAGCUGAAACAAUAACAAAGAAAUUCCCUGCCCCAGUUUUGGCAAAAAUCAGAGGGAUGGGGCUGGAGAAAUGUAACCACUCUCAAAUUCAUAGACCGAGCUAUAGAUGCAAGUACUGGCCAUCUAUGAUAUCCAAAUUAUAGUUUUGGGUUCUGAUGUUGUACGACAGUUGAACUAGGCUCAUGCAGCAUUUAUAAGUUAUAUUCUUCAAUAAUCAAUGGGUGCAUAUCAUUUAUUUAUAAGUCCAAAAAUGAAUGUAGCAAUUGCAGAUUGACAGUUUUAAGGAACAUCUUGGAUUUAACAGUAAUCUAUUUUCUGCACAGGUGCAUGGUUGAGAGCAAAAACAACAGUGGCUCCAGAUUCAUCCCAUAUAAAAGGAAUGUUGUGAGGUUUACCAUGGAUGCCUUUCUGUUUCAGGGCAUGACAGCAGGGCAGGUAUGUUAAGGAUGCACAUACUGGAGAUGCACUCCAUUCAUAAUAUGCAACAGUAACCAUAGUCAACUGACCAGUACUUGAGUGCUAUGCCAUCAUUAGAUUUCCUAUGCAAUACAUGGACUUCAUCAAGCAUUAUAACCACUGAGCUUGUACAGUGGGGGAAAACAAGUAUUUAGUCAGCCACCAAUUGUGCAAGUUCUCCCACUUAAAAAGAUGAGAGGCCUGUAAUUUUCAUCAUAGUUACACGUCAACUAUGACAGACAAAAUGAGAAAAAAAUAUCCAGAAAAUCACAUUGUAGGAUUUUUUAUGAAUUUAUUUGCAAAUUAUGGUGGAAAAUAAGUAUUUGGUCAAAAACAAAAGUUUCUCAAUACUUUGUUAUAUACCCUUUGUUGGCAAUGACACAGGUCAAACGUUUUCUGUAAGUCUUCACAAGGUUUUCACACACUUGCUGGUAUUUUGGCCCAUUCCUCCAUGCAGAUCUCCUCUAGAGCAGUGAUGUUUUGGGGCUGUCGCUGGGCAACACAGACUUUCAACUCCCUCCAAAGAUUUUCUAUGGGGUUGAGAUCUGGAGACUGGCUAGGCCACUCCAGGACCUUGAAAUGCUUCUUACGAAGCCACUCCUUCGUUGCCCGGGCGGUGUGUUUGGGAUCAUUGUCAUGCUGAAAGACCCAGCCAUGUUUCAUCUUCAAUGCCCUUGCUGAUGGAAGGAGGUUUUCACUCAAAAUCUCACGAUACAUGGCCCCAUUCAUUCUUUCCUUUACACGGAUCAGUCGUCCUGGUCCCUUUGCAGAAAAACAGCCCCAAAGCAUGAUGUUUCCACCCCCAUGCUUCACAGUAGGUAUGGUAUUCUUUGGAUGCAACUCAGCAUUCUUUGUCCUCCAAACACGACGAGUUGAGUUUUUUCCAAAAAGUUCUAUUUUGGUUCCAUCUGACCAUAUGACAUUCUCCCAAUCCUCUUCUGGAUCAUCCAAAUGCACUCUAGCAAACUUCAGACGGGCCUGGACAUGUACUGGCUUAAGCAGGGGGACAUGUCUGGCACUGCAGGAUUUGAGUCCCUGGCGGCGUAGUGUGUUACUGAUGGUAGGCUUUGUUACUUUGGUCCCAGCUCUCUGCAGGUCAUUCACUAGGUCCCCCCAUGUGGUUCUGGGAUUUUUGCUCACCGUUCUUGUGAUCAUUUUGACCCCACGGGGUGAGAUCUUGCGUGGAGCCCCAGAUCGAGGGAGAUUAUCAGUGGUCUUGUAUGUCUUCCAUUUCCUAAUAAUUGCUCCCACAGUUGAUUUCUUCAAACCAAGCUGUUUACCUAUUGCAGAUUCAGUCUUCCCAGCCUGGUGCAGGUCUACAAUUUUGUUUCUGGUGUCCUUUGACAGCUCUUUGGUCUUGGCCAUAGUGGAGUUUGGAGUGUGACUGUUGGAGGUUGUGGACAGGUGUCUUUUUUAUACUAAUAACAAGUUCAAACAGGUGCCAUUAAUACAGGUAACGAGUGGAGGACAGAGGAGCCUCUUAAAGAAGAAGUUACAGGUCUGUGAGAGCCAGAAAUCUUGCUUGUUUGUAGGUGACCAAAUACUUAUUUUCCACCAUAAUUUGCAAAUAAAUUCAUAAAAAAUCCUACAAUGUGAUUUUCAGGAUUUUAUUUCCUCAAUUUGUCUGUCAUAGUUGACGUGUACCUAUGAUGAAAAUUACAGGCCUCUCUCAUCUUUUUAAGUGGGAGAACUUGCACAAUUGGUGGCUGACUAAAUACUUUUUUUCCCCACUGUAUAUAUUUUCCUUUCCCUUGUCUAUGCAAUUGAUUUACUGAGGUCCGCCGACUCUACAUUGCAUUGGAAGUAGUAUGUACAUAAGUAUGCAAACUGUAGAUUCUGUGCCACAUUUCAAUCAGCCCAAGCCUCUCUUCUUCAGCCACAGGAGCUCUACAUGCACUGUGCCAUGUCUGUGGGGAGGUCUGUCCCCUCUUCAACAGCCAAAGCCUGCACUUACGAUUCCUCAGCAAGAGAGUAAGCCCUGAUCAUACUGAAGCUGUCUGAUACUUUAUCCAUAUAGGCCCUGCAAAAGAUUAUGGAAAACCACUAAUAAUAUGAAAAAAAGUAUUUCAUAUUGCUCACAUACAUCUUGGUCUGGUCCUAUCAGAUGGAAGGAGCUGUAUGGAGCUUCUUCAGUCUGCUCCUGUUGUGAGUCCACAUGUAGUUGCUCUGCUGUCCCCUCUGGUGAGUACCGUGCCUACAAGUGUAUCUUUGCAGUUACUUACUGUUGGUUUUGGGAGGUUAUUUUGGUCCAGGAGUACUUUUUUGCACUUGUAAAGAUGGCCUCAUUAUGAUGAUAUGAAUCAUUUUUAUUUAGGAAGGCGUUUUCAAACAUUUGUGCACAAAGCUUAGCCUAUCCUAUGUUAUCACCAUCAAUGAGUAUCAAUUUAUUUAGUCUGUGUCGGUGAAGAAGUUUGGCAUCUAACUCGCUCUGUGUGCUCCAGCCACCACCAAGAUGGUCACCAGCAAGUCAUGGUCAGUGGAAUACAACACGAAGCCUGCUCCGGCCCAGGAGGUGACGACAACCUCACAGCCCGAGACCGUGGUGGAGGGGCAGUUAGGUGUGAGGCAGGUGGAGAGACUUAAAGAGAGGCCUGUGAAGGGAUUUGCUGUCGUGGAAGUAGAGCAGGUCUCUGAACCACACAGAACAUUCGAGGAGUUAUUUGGUUUGGACAAA